CUGUAACGAAUGAGCCACACUCAGUCGUCGCUUCUCAAUUCCAUUGCUGAAUCGGAUCGAGCUAGCUAGGUUACUCUUUUUUGAGAGAGGAACGUAAGGAUCGAUGGCGGCCUCCUGCUUGAAGGUCAAUAAUGGGGCUGCACUGGCAGCGGUAGCGGUGAUCUUCCUCGCCGUCGUGCUCCCUUCUUCCCACGCGUCGACGAUGGUCGACGAGCCCGCGGCUCCAGCGCCCCCGCCGCAGCCUGCGUCGUCUUACACCCCGCCGCCGCCGGUACCGGUCCAGCCGGUGGUCGUCGUCCACGGCGUCAUCUACUGCAAGUCGUGCAAGCUCAGGGGCUACAACAGCGGCAUGGACGCAUCCCCUCUCCCCAACGCGACGGUGAGCCUGGUGUGCUACGGCGACGAGGAGAGCGGGUACCGAGUGCUGAACCAGACGAGCACGGCGGCGGACAGGAACGGCUACUUCAUCGUGAUGGUGUACGACGUGGACAUGUUCGACAGGCACACCUGCCGGCUGUACCUGCGGGCGUCGCCGACGCCGCUCUGCGCCGCGCCCUCCGUCCCGUCCAAUCCCAAGCUCGGGCUCACCCUGGUGCGGGACCGCGCGGCCACGGCGCCCAGGGGCGCGCGCGGCGUCUACCACGCCAGGACCGCGCUCAUGUACGCGCCGGGCGCCGGCGGCAGGUGCCCGCCGCCCUACUGACGCUAGGAGCUCAAGAGAUGUCGUCGUCGUCGGAGGCAAGAAUAAGCUGAGGUCCAUGGUCGUUGUCACAUAGUAAGUGUGUCGUCCGUUUGGUCAGUCGGUGGUGCAUGGCUCGAUGGAGUGUUUGUUGACUACUGUACUACUACGUUGCAAUGCAUUGUGUGGUUCGGUCGUCGUCUCGUCUGUGUAACCUACUAUUUCUGAAUCGGUCCCCUGUCCCUCGAAUGAAGGAAUCCCGGCAAACGUUUAAUUAUUA